GAGGGUAGACUAUGUCCUGACUAAGCUGAGAAAUUGUAUUUUAACAUUAGGAAGUAACUUAUUAAACGCUGGGAUACUGCAGUCAUGUGAGGAUUUCCAAGGAAGAGAGAGAAUGUACUGCGGCCUUCUAACACUGUUACAAACCCGGCUCUGAAUGCUUUGCUUCGGGGACUGGAUACGAUGAGAAAAAGUGACUUUGUAAAGCUGUGGAAAGAAACUGCAAACGGUGUGUUUUCUGUGGUUCUCUGAAUGACUUCACUGCACUCAUCUGCUAAAAUGGAUUCAAAGGAGAUGGAUUAUCAGGAAGACUAUAAGUCCCCGUUUAAUUUUGACUGUGGUGUCAACCGGAAUUACCUUUUCUUGGCGCCGCAUCUGAGCAGUACGCCACCGGAUUCGCCAACCCUGCUAAACACGGAUUUGCUGAAGCCAGAGUCUGUGCCGGAAGGAGAAGAUGUGGCUGCUACAAUUCCAGAAGAAUUAUCAGAGGAAGAACAAGAGCAUCUCCGGAAGGAGCUUGAAAAGGUAGAGGAGGAAAUUCAAACACUUAGUCAAGUGCUGGCUGCUAAGGAGAGACAUCUCGCUGAUCUCAAACGGAAGCUUGGAAUCACAACUUAUUCCGAACUGAAACAGAACAUCUCCAAAGGGUUACAAGAUGUUGCCUCCACAAACGUAUACAAAAAGACAUCAGAAACCUUAUCUCAGGCUGGACAGAAGGCCUCUGCUGCCUUUUCAACAGUUGGUUCUGUCAUUACGAGGAAAUUGGAAGAUGUCAAUAUUCGUUCUAUACAGCACUCAAUUAGCAUGCCUGCAAUGAGGAAUUCACCCACAUUCAAGUCUUUUGAAGAAAAGGUGGAAACUUUAAAGACCAAAGUUGGUGGCAGCAGACCAGCCACGGGAGAUUUUGGCGAAGUGUUGAACUCCACAGCAAAUGCCAGUGCCACAGAUUCUUUAACUGAGAACGAUCUGGAGACCCAGUGAGAUGUCUCUGUGUACAGCAACCAAUACUGCAAGAUGCUGCAAGAAAUGUGAAACCUGUCUACUGCGUUGUCCCAUACCUUUCUUUCUUGGUAUCUUUCACCUAUCCUUAGAUGCUAGCCCUCUGCGUGCUAGAAGUGUGUGCCAUGUGCAGUUCAUUUCAUUAGCAUGAAACAGGGUUAACAACUUUAACAACUGAUACGUUUAAAAGCGGUUGUAUAUUUUUGUUAACACAAAGUUUUUGAUGUUUGUCUUCUUUUUGAUUUUGCAUCAACUUCAAAAUGUUUAUCAUCAUAUCUGCCAAAUGUUUUUUUACGCUGGAAGCUUUAUUAACUGUGUGGACACUAAUAAAAACAAAACAAAACAAAAAAAUGUUGUAACAAUAAACAUGCGCGAUCCAUCUAAUGUAAACCAUAAAUUGCUGCCAUCCACCUGCCCCCGAGUUAAGAGAUACCGUUUAUCAUGA